AUGUAUCGUCCUUCACCUCUUCUGAUUUUGAUAGGAGAUCAGAACCCCUUACUAUUAAAUACUGAAGUACCAUCUUAUACAGUAAUGGAGGCCAGUAGGAACAUAUAUAGCGAUCCAAACAUGUAUCCCAGAUACGAGUAUGCACAUUUCGAUAUAAAUAAUUACGAACGAUCACCGACGUUAGAACCGCCGCCCAACUACCCGACCACAUCAUUCGAGCCAACUGGACAGAGCCUCCCGGAAAUAGAAUCAAUUGGAUCAAAACAGAAAUGUCGAGUAUGUAAUCUGGAAUCCCAUGGAAUGCAUUUCGGUGUUCAGUCAUGUCGACCAUGCGCUGCCUUCUUCCGACGAAUUGUUGUACUCGAUCUCAAAUACACAUGCGUGUCCAAUACGCAAAAAUGCAAUGUUGAGGGGCGCGGAAGAAAUGUGUGUCGCGAUUGUCGUUAUAAGAAAUGCCUGGCCGUCGGAAUGACAACUGAUAAUGUCCAAUACAAUCGCGACAGCCACAACAACAAAAAUUCGACUGGUUCCGGUGGACGACCCAAAAAUAACAAACGAAACGUCAUGUCAGACGAGGAGGAGGCCGCUGGAAGUAGUACUGUAAAAUCGGGAGGUCCGAUAAGGUUGGACGAAUCUUUUCUUGGUUAUAGUGAUGGCUCUUCAACGACGCGUGGCAAUUCUCAGUUAGAUGAAGGAUCGGAGGAACGGGACAACGAGGAAAUGGACAAAAUUAUUAGCGAUUUGAAAUACUUAUUCGUAGAAGUUGGGAUUCUGUUUCGAGAUACAAUCAACGCCUUCACAGAUGGUAAAGCCUACCUCCAACGUAGAUCAGAAAAAUUUUCAAAAUGGGUUAAAAGUGUAGACUUCUUUGAUAAUAUUAGCGAACAACAAAAAAUUGAUACAGUCAAACUAUCAUUCACAAUUUUCGAUCGACUUGAAAGAGCUCAAAUGUCAGUAAAAACUUUUGGAAAAUCUUGUAUUACUGACAAAAAAACCACCCUAUCUUCUUACUGCGCAGUAGAUUGGCGAACUGUAACCAUAAAUCCAGAGACAGCAAUUAACACCGAACUUGCUAAUAAUUACAUAAUCACUGAAUUUCAUGCUCAUAUCAACUCAAUUAUUAAUGAUGUUUGUCAACCACUCUAUGAACUUCAACUCUCGGAUACAGAGACCGCAUUCCUGCUCACACAUGUUCUUGUUUAUUAUGGAAGUGAAAAAGUGUCUCAUGAAUUGGUGGAAAAGUUUGAUGAUCUUCGGGAAAUUGUAACUUCGGAUCUGCAUCAUUACUAUACAAAACAGAUCGGAGUCGAAGUUUAUGCGAAUCGAUUGCUUAAGAUUAUGAACGUCGUGAAUGCAAUGAAGAAAAUCCAUGCCGACCGUGUCAGGAAAAGUGAGCUCAUACGAAUCUUCAACAUAUACAAAGUAUCUGAGAAACGAACGGAUUUCAACUGUAGCUAA